AUGUACGUGAGCUACCUGCUGGAGAAAGAGAGCCCCUCCAUGUACCCAGGUUCGGUGCGCCACGCGGGGGGGCUGAACUUGAGCGCCGCGCAAAACUUCGUGGGCGCUCCGCAGUACCCGGACUACGGCGCCUACCAUGUGCCCGCUGGGAUUGGACUGGACAACGGUCAGUCGCCGGGGUCGCCCUGGCCAGCCGCCUACGGCGCGCCCCUGCGAGACGACUGGAACGGCUAUGGGCAGGCGGGCGCCCCCGGGACGGCGACCGCCGGCGCCCUGCACGGACCCACCCCGGCCGGCUUGGCUUACAGCCCCGCCGGAGACUACCUCCCGCACCCGCACCACCCCUCCCAGGGACCUCCGGCGCCCCCCUGCGGGGUCCCCCCUUCUGCGGGGCUGAUGCAGCCUCUCAACCCGCCGCUCGGUUCGGAUCCUCUUUCCCCUGGCGGCCAGCGGCGGAACUUCUGCGACUGGAUGAGGAAACCCACGGCGGGGGGACCCGUGAAAACCAGGACGAAAGACAAGUACCGUGUGGUCUACACAGAUCACCAGCGACUUGAAUUGGAGAAGGAGUUUCACUAUAGCCGUUACAUCACCAUUCGGAGAAAAGCUGAGCUUGCAGCCACACUGGGAUUGUCAGAGAGACAAGUGAAAAUCUGGUUUCAGAAUAGGCGGGCGAAAGAACGGAAAAUCAACAAGAAAAAGUUACAACUAUCUCAGCCUGGAGGAGUGCAUAGUGGAUCCGAACCCCUGAGUCCUGUCUCUUCCAUGCAGGCAGGGACACCUGGGUCUGGUCCCAGUGGAGGUGUGUUGGGUGCUACUGGCUUGACCCCAACUGUUGCACAGUGA